AUGGCUGUACCCGACCCCACCGCAGUCAAGGUCUAUACCGUUAACGGCCAGACGGCCGGCUCGUCCUCAUCCCUUCCUGACUGGCUCACCCGCAAACGAGCAGCAAAGGGCAAGGGCAAGAAAGCGCGAAGAGAGCAUAUUGAGGGAACCAUUGAGCUAAUCCAAGGCUUUGAGUUCCCCGAGGCAAGCAAUCGCAUAAAGACGACGAGGGAUGGGCACCAUGCGAUUGCGACGGGAACGUACAAACCCCGGAUGAAAGUCUGGGAUCUGGACCAACUUACGCUCAAGUUCGAGCGGCAUACGGACGCGGAAAACGUUGACUUUAUUUGCCUGUCUGACGACUGGACGAAAAGCUUGCACUUGCAAAAUGACCGAACACUAGAACUCCAUACCCAGGGCGGCUUUCACUAUCGCACCAGGAUACCCCGGUUCGGCCGCGCUUUAGCGUAUCACUUCCCCUCCUGUGAUGCAUACGUUGCUGCGUCAGGCUCCGAGGUAUACCGCCUCAACCUUGAGCAAGGCCGCUUCAUGAACCCCAUAAACCUGCAAGGCGACGGUGGAGAGGUCGUGCCCGGAGUAAACACCAUCGACAUUAACCCCGCACAUCAACUAUUAGCAUUCGGCACAGAGACCAACGCGACGGUCGAGUUCUGGGACCCACGAUCAAGAGCGAGGGUUGGCGUCCUGCGGUUACCAAGGCAGAGGCUCGGGGGCUCUCGGUCUACAGUAUUACCUGGCUUGGAUGACGUGGCAGAUGCGGAUGGGAUAUCGGUAACGGCGCUCUCGUCAAGGUCGGACGGGUUGUCAUACGCCAUCGGAACUUCCACAGGACAUACUUUGUUAUACGACAUACGGUCGGCUUUGCCGUUUGCUUUGAAGGAUCAGGGAUACGGACUUCCAAUCAAGAGGUUAUCUUGGAUUGAGGGUGGCAGUCGCAUGGCCGGCGACGGCCUUGUUCUCAGCGCCGACACAAAGGUCAUCAAAAUAUGGGACCGAAAUACGCCCUCCACUAACUUCACGUCCAUAACCCCUGCAACCGAUCUCAACGAUGUCCACCAUGUGCCCGGAAGCGGUCUCCUGCUUUGUGCGAACGAGGGCAUUCAGAUGAACACGUUCUUUAUUCCCCAGCUCGGACCUGCUCCUCGUUGGUGCAGUUUCCUUGAAAACAUCACGGAAGAGAUGGAGGACCAAACUACUCGGACAGCCUACGAGGACUACAAGUUCGUCGAGAGGAGGGAACUCACGAGUCUGGGUCUGGAUCAUCUCAUUGGUACACCGGCACUCAAGCCAUACAUGCAUGGCUACUUCUUGUCGCUCAAGCUGUACGACACCGCCCGCGUCAUCGCGAAUCCUUUCGCGUACGAGGAACAUCGCGAGAAGCAGAUCAAGGAGAAGAUGGACAAGCUCGCAGACACGCGCAUCCGAACGCGCAAGGACGUGAGCGUAAAGGUCAAUAAGGCGCUCGCUGAACGCGUGAAGAGGGAGGAGGAGCGGGAGAGGAAACGCCGCGAGAAGAAGUUGGAGCGCUUGAAAGCGAAGGCGGCGGCGGCAGAAGGGGCUGAUGAGCCGAUGGUCAUCGACCAGGACGAGCCUGCGCCGGAGAGCGGCAAGCAGACGCUGCUCAACGACCCGCGUUUCACUGCGCUGUUCGAGGAUCCUGAGUUCCAGGUGGAUGAGACGACGAGAGAGUUCGCUCUGAUGAACCCCUCCAUGGCGGCCCACCGCCAGACUGAGGCCUCUUCGGGAUCUGCUGCUAGCCGGCGCAUGAAGACCGCAGUUGAGGAAGAGGAAGAAGAGAGCGACCGCUCUUCAAGCGACGGCCUUGGCGAAAGCGACGACGAAGACGCUCGAAGUGAUGAUAGCAGUGAUGCUGGCGACCUGGGCUUUGACGAUCCUCGAACAAAGCUCCCUGUGCCUGAGGAGCAAGUGCCGCACUCGGCGCGGCGUAAGCCGAACGUGCAGUUCGUCCCCCUUCGGGCCCAGGCCGACAGCGGUGCCCGCACAGACAGGAACGCUGCAUUUGGCCAACGGCGUUCUGGCGGCGGAAGCGGGCAGUCGGCAGCCAAGCCAAAAGGCAGAUCAUCGUCGCACGGUGGCGGAGGAUCGGGCAACGUGGAAAUGACCUGGGUCCCCUCGGCAUCGGCCGCGCGAGACCAAGGUAUAUCUGAGAAAGCGGGGAAGGGCAAAGGGCGAACGAAGAGCGUAGAAAGAUUUGGGGCGGGCUUGGAGAGGGGCGGAGAGGAAGAGCGGCGCCGGGACCAGAUGAGUGAAAGCGAGCGGAAAGGUCGCACGCAAAGGAGGAAGGGCAUUCGGAGCGGGAGCAAGAACGCCAUCUUUGGACGAACAUGA